UAGUGCGAUAACGAUAGAAGGCUACGCAGGCAGAAACAACAAAAACGUCCCAGGCAAAGAAAAUGUAUUAAAACCCUUGAAAAAGCUAGAAAAUCCAUGAAAAUUGCACUCAACUAGGAAUUAAACGUCACGCCCAACACAAGCAUGGCCUCCGCUACGGUGCCGCUGCUCGACGAUGACACGAUACCCUUUGGCGAGGAGGACGACAUGCGGGAUCCCAGUCGCGCGGGCCAGAAAUACACGCACCCGUACGUCACCUUCUUCCACCUGUUCUUCAGGGGCGCCGCCAUUGUGAUCUAUAUGUUUUGUGGCUGGUUCAGCGACUCCUUCAUCACCAGCUUCGUUUUUGUGGUGCUCUUCCUGUCUGCCGACUUCUGGACGGUGAAGAACAUCUCGGGAAGAUUGCUGGUCGGUCUCCGCUGGUGGAACUAUGUCGACGACGAUGGCGUAUCGCACUGGGUGUUUGAGUCAAAGAACUCUGAAUCCUAUCAGAGCCGGGUCAACAAGAACGAGCAGCGCAUCUUCUGGCUGGGACUCAUACUCUGUCCCGUCUUCUGGGGCCUCUUCUUCCUGUUUGCCCUAUUCGGCCUGAAGUUCAAAUGGCUACUGCUGGUGAUGAUCGCCAUUGCGCUGAAUGCCGCCAACCUGUAUGGCUACGUCAAGUGUAACUAUGGCGCCAGCAAGGAUCUGAACUCCGCCGCCACAGACUUUGUGAAAACGCAGCUCUUCAAGAAUGCCGUGGACAUCAUGACAAGGCCCAGUGGCGCCCCGCCGCCAACCAAUGUGCGUCCGACGGGAGUCGUUUAAGUUGGAGAAGACUCCAUUUACUAAGUCACCUUGCCACCGUCUGCUGCAGAGCAUUCCAAAGAGUAUUUGACGCUUCUUCUGGCCCGGACCACGACCUUGGAUCGGCAUCGCUGUCUGUGUACCAUAUGUAAAACUUAAUUUAGCCAUACUUCGAUCUAUCAUAAUCAUUUCUUACUUUUACUUGGAUUAAAGGACCGCAUGUGCGUGUGACAUGCAACCAGUA